AUGAGCUCCGUUUCCACCCAGCCUUUGCCAGGCUGCCUAUCUCCCUCUCCCAUCGCCGCGGAGCCCCCGAACGGCCGCCGCCGGCCCGAACGCGGACCCCCCGGCCCACGCCGAAUGGCUGACCCCCCCGGUGCUCGGCCCCCACGCGACCCACGGAGCCCCCGCUCGCGCCGGGCACCCCCGGGGCGCGGCUCUCGCUGGCCCCGACCGACCCGCCGCCCCUCCUCGCCGCUGAAAAAAAUUAAAGGGGGCAUGAGCUCCGAUUCCGCCCGGCCUUUGCCAGCCCGUCCGUUUCACCGCCCCGAGGCCGGGGAGCGCAACGGGGGCCGCCGGCCCGAACGAGGACCCCCGGACCCCGCCGAAGGGCGGACCCCCCGGUGCUCGGCCCCCACGCGACCCACGGAGCCCCCGCUCGCGCCGGGCACCCCCGGGGCGCGGCUCUCGCUGGCCCCGACCGACCCGCCGCCCUCCGCCUCUGAAAAAAAUAAAAGCCGGCAUGAGCUCCGAUUCCGCCCGGCCUUUGCCAGCCCGUCCAUUUCCCCGCCCCGAGGCCGGGGAGCGCAACGGGGGCCGCCGCCGGCCCGAACGCGGACCCCCGGACCCCGCCGAAGGGCGGACCCCCCGGUGCUCGGCCCCCACGCGACCCACGGAGCCCCCGCUCGCGCCGGGCACCCCCGGGGCGCGGCUCUCGCUGGCCCCGACCGACCCGCCGCCCCUCCUCGCCGCUGA